CCAGCCGGGCAGCGCAACUCGUCGAACGUUUGACCGGUUCCGGUGACAAUGAUAUCGACCGCGCCAAACUCGAACAGUUAGAAAACAUCUGCAAGUAAGUGGCACAACCAAAUCGUAACUCGCAAACGCUCAAAACCUGUAUCCACCACGUUCGUAGAGUAUCGUAUUGUGUUGUUACACAACGCAAUACUAUAACGUCAUCGUCUACUGAUAUCGUUGAUGUGCUCUAAAUCUAUGGUUGUUGCGAUCGAAUAAUAGUAAAUAUUAUUGAACUCGUACCUACUACUGUUUCUAUUUGUAACGCUAUUGUUUACUAUUACUACUUUAUUACUCUCCUUAUUAUACAAUAACUACUUUUACUACUUCUGUCUAACCCUGCUCUGUAUGCGACUUCGACCGCCAACGAUAUAGAGGAAAUAUUCUUUCAUCAAUUUCAUUUUUCCAUUCCUAAAAUGCCAUGUCGCACCGUUUUACCAGUUCUGAGCAUCACCCUGUAAAGCAGUUAUCGUAAAACGAAACAAAAAUUACAUUUUUAAACUAUAAUAAAGACACGGGUGAUUGAUAACCGACUGUUUAUUGUAAUAAACAAUAUUUUCUACUCGCACAGACAAGUAUGGACAAAAACAAUGGUGAAUCUGAUUCAGCGGCCCGCAGCAACCUUAGACAACCAACCAGGGUGUUCAAGAAAAGCUCCCCGAAUGGUAAAAUCACAGUAUACUUGGGCAAACGAGAUUUCGUCGAUCACAUAACCAACGUCGAUCCUAUUGAUGGCGUUGUAUUAGUUGACCCUGAUUAUGUCAAAGGCAGAAAGGUUUUUGGUCUCGUAUUAGCCGCUUUUCGUUAUGGCCGCGAAGACCUGGACGUUCUGGGAUUGACUUUUCGAAAAGACCUUUAUCUUGCUUCCGAACAAAUAUAUCCAGUUGGUAAUAUUCGUACACCAACUAGGCUACAAGAACGUUUGAUCAAAAAACUCGGUCCAAAUGCCAUACCAUUUUAUUUUGAGUUACCACCCCAUUGUCCAGCAUCUGUUACGUUGCAACCAGCUGCUGGUGAUACGGGAAAACCAUGUGGUGUGGAUUAUGAAUUUAAAGCAUUUGUUGGUGAUACUGCUGAAGAUAAGCCUCACAAAAGAAAUUCCAUAAGGCUUGCAAUUAGGAAAAUCAUGUAUGCUCCAAAAAAAGAAGAAAUUCAACCAUCAGUGGAAGUAUACAAGGAAUUUGUCAUGAGCCCGAACAAAUUAUAUUUAGAAGCAUCUUUAGAUAAAGAACUUUAUUACCAUGGAGAGAGCAUUUCGGUGAAUGUUCACAUAGCUAAUAAUUCUAAUCGAACAGUAAAAAAAGUUAAAGUAUUUGUAAGACAGUUCGCUGAUAUAUGUUUGUUUUCAACUGCCCAGUAUAAAUGUACUGUUGCUGAACUAGAAAGUGAAGAUGGUUGUCCUGUUGGUCCAGGAUUUACUUUGUCCAAAGUAUAUACAGUGAAACCUACUUUGCAUAACAACAAAGACAAGCGUGGUUUAGCUUUAGAUGGACAAUUAAAACAUGAGGAUACAAAUCUAGCUUCUUCAACAAUAGUCAGCAAUCCUUCACAAAAAGAAAACUUAGGAAUUAUUGUUCAAUAUAAAGUGAAGGUGAAACUUUGUUUGGGUGCUUUGGGAGGAGAACUAACGGCCGAACUUCCAUUUAUUUUGAUGCACCCCAAACCUGAAGAAGAAGUCCUACCAACUGUCAGUAGUGUUGCAAAUCCAGGCACAGGAGUUGAUGACAAUGGCGUGCGCGUAGAUAAUCUAAUUGAAUUAGAUGAAGAUGGUCCGGCACCAUCUCAUGAUGAAGACAUCAUUUUUGAAGAUUUCGCUCGUCUACGACUAAAAGCUGGUAAUGAUUAAAUGAGAUUACUAUGUAAGCCUAGAUGAAUUAAUGAAUUUAUUCAUUACUUAGUGUUGGGUUUAGGUGACUAAUUUAAAUGUCUACCUACUUGAUGUUCCCAUCAAAUAGAAUCAUGGUGUGUCUGUUCAAAUUGUAUAGACUUAAAUGGAAA